UAUCUGGAAACAACCUCUACCGACCUUCCUUUCAUUCCUGUAAUCCGUCUGCGUUGGGUGUGCUCCGUAGCUAGCCACGGCACACAUUUUAUUAUUAUGAAACAAACCAAAAGCUAGAGCGCACACGCAGACAUAUUUUUAUAAGAAAAAAAAUCGGUGAAGCAGGAUUUCAUUUGCCAACUCAAGGAACGCGAAGAGUAAGAAGAACCUUAGACGGACGCUGACAAGCUAACGUGAAGAUCUAACCGCCAUUAUUGAAAGCGUGCGUGUUAAUUCAAUAGCUGUGUCGACCACGUUUCUAGCAACGCUCUUAGUCGUUGUUGUUAAUUGUAACAAAGUGGUUUCGUGAGUUUACGGACCAUUUCGUUCGGCCUGUGAACGACAGGCAAAGUAAUUAGUCCCACGAGCCGCAUCGGUUAGGCCACGCUCCGAUAGCUUGCUAAUCAGCCUAGCUAGCCCACGUUGCCACCUCUGGGAGGUAACGUACGGAACAACUCGUCUGAGCGCCCAGUCGUUUACGACGGGAUAAAGAAGAUUACCGCUUCACAUUGAAGACGGGCUAUUUUCGACCUUUCAUAGAGCGUCAAUUGCCAUUACGUGUGGUGUGUGAACACGCGUCGUCAUCAUGAACCCGAGCGCUCCUAGCUAUCCCAUGGCCUCCCUCUAUGUGGGGGACCUGCAUCCAGACGUAACCGAGGCCAUGCUCUACGAGAAAUUUAGCCCGGCUGGGCCUAUCUUGUCUAUCAGAGUGUGCAGGGACAUGAUCACCCGUCGAUCACUCGGUUACGCCUAUGUGAACUUUCAACAGCCCGCUGACGCCGAGAGAGCCCUGGACACCAUGAAUUUUGACGUCAUCAAAGGCAGGCCACUUCGCAUCAUGUGGUCUCAACGAGAUCCCUCGCUGAGGAAGAGUGGAGUGGGCAACAUUUUCAUCAAGAACCUGGACAAAUCCAUAGAUAACAAGGCCCUCUAUGAUACCUUUUCAGCAUUCGGAAAUAUCCUGUCCUGUAAGGUGGUUUGUGAUGAAAAUGGCUCAAAGGGUUACGGCUUUGUGCACUUUGAGACCCACGAGGCUGCUGAGCGGGCCAUUGAGAAAAUGAAUGGCAUGUUGCUCAAUGACAGAAAAGUAUUUGUUGGGCGCUUCAAGUCACGCAAAGAGAGGGAAGCAGAGCUUGGGGCCCGUGCAAGAGAAUUCACCAAUGUUUAUAUAAAAAAUUUUGGGGAAGAUAUGGAUGACGAAAAGCUCAAGGAGUUGUUUGGAAAAUAUGGACCAGCACUCAGUAUCCGUGUUAUGACAGAUGAAAGUGGAAAGUCCAAGGGAUUUGGCUUCGUUAGCUUUGAGAGACAUGAAGAUGCACAAAAGGCUGUGGAUGAUAUGAACGGGAAAGAACUGAAUGGCCGACAAGUUUAUGUUGGGCGUGCACAGAAAAAGGGUGAGCGCCAGAAUGAGCUCAAGCGCAAAUUUGAGCAGAUGAAACAGGAUCGUAUGACCAGAUACCAGGGUGUCAACCUGUAUGUGAAAAACUUGGAUGAUGGCCUUGAUGAUGAGCGGCUACGCAAGGAAUUCUCUCCAUUUGGAACAAUAACAAGUGCUAAGGUUAUGAUGGAGGGUGGCCGCAGCAAAGGCUUUGGCUUUGUGUGCUUUUCUUCUCCAGAAGAGGCCACCAAAGCUGUGACAGAGAUGAAUGGGCGUAUAGUUGCCACUAAGCCGUUGUAUGUUGCGCUGGCUCAACGCAAAGAAGAGCGUCAGGCCCAUCUAACCAACCAGUACAUGCAGAGGAUGGCCACUGUCCGGGCUGUGCCCAACCCUGUUCUCAACCCGUACCAAGCAGGUCCACCCUCUGGCUACUUUAUGGCAGCCAUCCCUCAGGCCCAAAACCGUGCAGCAUAUUACUCUGCCAACCAGCUGGCCCAGCUGCGUCCCAGCCCUCGAUGGGCCACUCAGGCAGUGCGUCCGCAGCACUUCCAGAACAUGCCCAAUGCGAUGCGGCCUUCAGCUCCCAGGCCCCAGACUUUCGGCACCAUCCGUCCUGCUACCACCACCAACACCCAGGUCCCACGCAUGAUGGCCUCUCAACGCAUGCCCACCCAGGCCCUCAGCCAGCGUCCUGCCAGUGCUUCAGCCACUGCUGCCCCAGUGCGUGCAAUGCCACACUACAAAUAUGCCGCCGGUGUCCGCAAUCCUCAGCAACAUAUGGCCUCCCAGCCACAAGUCACCAUGCAGCAGCCUGCUGUCCAUGUCCAAGGACAGGAGCCUCUGACUGCCUCCAUGCUGGCUGCUGCCCCUCCUCAGGAACAGAAGCAGAUGCUGGGUGAGCGACUGUUCCCCCUGAUUCAGAACAUGCACCCCAGUCUGGCGGGCAAGAUCACUGGCAUGCUGCUGGAGAUUGACAAUUCUGAACUUCUUCACAUGCUUGAAUCGCCUGAAUCUUUGCGCUCAAAGGUGGAUGAGGCCGUUGCCGUACUCCAGGCCCACCAGGCCAAAGAGGCUGCUCAAAAGUCCACCACUCCUGCUGGUGUUCCCAGUGUCUAAGAUUGAGCAUUUUGAAACCUGCUUCACCGAUGGAAAAAGAGAAAAAAACUUAAACAUUGAAAAACCUAAAACACUGAAAACAUUGCAAAAUGAUAAAGUUUUUCUGAAAAAAAAAAGAAAACCAUUUACUCUGCCAGGUCUAGUGAUGGUUUGACUAGACCUUGAUCAUAUACAAAAAAGUUAUUGAAAAAAAAAAGCAAAAUAGCUAAAAUUGAAUUAAAUUUGAAUCAUUCCUCUGUUUUAUGUCAUUUUACUGUUUUGAUGCUCAGAAUAUCAGCCAUGGUAUGGGAUGGAGGUACAAGAGCAUUUUUGAAAGUUUAUAGUUAACUACUGGCUAAUAAAUUCUCAUUCAAUUUG